AUGCCAUUUGCCCAGCUGGUCAUCGGACCUCCCGGAGCUGGGAAAUCCACCUAUUGCAAUGGCAUGCACCAGUUCCUAGGCGCCAUCGGCCGGAAAUGCUCCAUCGUUAAUCUCGACCCCGCCAACGACAAGACCUCAUACCCGUGCGCGCUGGACGUGCGCGAUCUUGUGACUCUGGAAGAAAUCAUGGAUGAAGAUCAUCUUGGACCCAACGGAGCUACUUUAUAUGCUCUCGAAGAGCUUGAGGAGAACUAUUCUUGGUUAGAGGGCGGAUUGAAAGAGCUCGGAGAGGAUUAUGUUAUUUUCGAUUGCCCCGGGCAGGUGGAGCUAUUUACACACCAUUCAUCUCUACGAAACAUCUUUUUCCAGAUCCAAAAACUGGGCUACCGAGUUCGUAUCAGCCCUAAGAUUAAGAAAGAGCACCUCGUUGACCAUCCAUUAAUCCACCUCAUCGACUCCUACACCCUAACCCUCCCCUCAAUGUACAUCUCGGCUCUCCUUCUCUCUCUGCGCGCUAUGCUUCAGCUCGACCUCCCGCACCUCAACGUUCUUACUAAAAUCGACAAUCUAUCCAAUUACAACGACCUCCCUUUCAACUUAGACUUCUACACGGAGGUCCAAGACCUCUCAUAUCUUCUUCCUCACCUUGAAGCCGAAAAUUCCCGUCUCACAAACAGCAAAUUCAGCGCCCUGAAUGAGGCCAUCAUCUCGCUUGUGGAGGAAUUUGGGCUCGUCAGCUUCGAGACGCUGGCCGUCGAGGAUAAAAAGAGCAUGAUGAAUCUACUGCGAGCUAUUGAUCGUGCGUCAGGGUAUGCAUUUGGGCCCGCAGAGGGUGCAAACGACUCCGUCUGGCAGGUUGCCGUUCGAGAAGGAAUGGGUGUUACGGAUGUGAGAGACGUGCAGGAGCGAUGGUUGGAUGCGAAGGAUGAAUAUGAUGAUAUGGAGAGGAAGGAGUUGGAAGAGGAGGCGAGGAUGCGCGAGGAGGCUAACAAGGCUGUCAAUGGGGAUCCGGAUGAAAUGGACGAGGACGAGGAAAUGGCAAAUUGGAAAAAUUCAAUGCCGGAUAGCGGGAUCAAAGUGCGCCGAAAGGAAUGA